CUAUCAGAAAGAAGCUCCGUCUUUCUGGAUUCGACACCCAGAAAAGUAUAUGGAGGAAAUUGUGGAGAGCACUUUGUCCUUAUUAUCAGUUAAACAUGAUCAAAGCCAUCUUGGCUCUCAAAAGAUUUUGGAUCCAAUGUACUUUUUUGCAUUAAUUGAUACUAAGGCUGUAUGGUUCAAAAAGUGGAUGCACGCAUAUUAUAGCAGAGCUGUAGUACUAAGACUUCUUGAAAAGAAAUAUAAGUCUCUGAUAGCGACAGCAGUUCAGCAGUGUGUUCAGUACUUGGAAUUGUGUGAGGCCAUGAAAGCUGAUGAUAUUUUGGGACAUUCAAAACAUUGUGGGAAUGUACAGAAAACUUUCUACUACUCAGGACAAGAAUUACAGUAUAUUUAUUUUAUUCACUCACUGUGCCUUUUAGGAAGAUUAUUGAUAUAUACACAAGGCAGAAAAUUAUUUCCUAUAAAGAUGAAGAAUAGAAAGAAUUCAGUAUCCCUCACAGAUUUGCUGGUUCUGUUUAUACAACUUAUCUGUUAUUCACCAUGUUGUCCAAAGAUGAUAUCAGCUACACACUCAGAAAAUUAUUCUCCUGCAAGUAUGGUAACUGAAGUUCUACAGAUACUCUGUGAUCAAACAGACUGUGCAGUCGAAUGCUUAUAUAACAGCACUGUGAUAGAUACACUUCUUCAUCCUGUUCAUCACUUGAUGAAAGGAACCAAG